GUUGGGGCUCUCCUUGGCACAUGCGUGAGGGGACCCCAGGGUGCAGAGGGGUAGCCAGUUGCAGGAAAUGGGGGAAGUGAAAAGGUGCAUAAGGGCACGCCUGGGGAGGGCACCCUUAGGAGCAGUGGGCCAUGAACCUUUCCAGUCCUGCUGUGGGAAUAGGAGGAGUUUGUGAGUCAUAGAUUUCCUCAGAUGAGGGCUGGAUGCUUGGCUAGCCCAUAGUUUCUUUACAAACUCAAAGUGGGAAAGAGCUGCCCUGUUGUCUGACACCCUCCCCAAAGCCUCCCCUCAUCUUUUAUCCCCUUUAGCACCAGGAAGUGUUAAGCCAGGGCUCUGUGUGUUUGUGUGUGCUGCAGUUUUGCAAUGAAUUGGGGGGGGGGUGUGAGAGUCCACUGGUGAUGGCUUCUGAAGAAGCUCAGCUUUUGUUUUUGUUUGGAAAACAGAAGCAAGUUUCUAGCUCUCUCGUGGCUGUGACAAGAAAUGUGUGAAUGUGUGUGGGGAAUAAAUGCCAGAGCAAUGGCUGAGCAAACCUUCUGGCCAGGUGGAGGGAUGGGGCAGGAUUUAAGUACUCUGCAACAUUUCUGGCCCCUUCCUGUGGCUAAUAAAAGGCAGAACAAAUUAUGCACAGGAGAAUGGACUGAGUUGUACAAAGUAAAAAAAAAUUGUGCAGACUUGCUCAGCUUGCAUAAUUUAUAUUCAGAGUUUGUUUUGGAGAUCAGCUUUACUUGGUGGACAGUUUGGUUUUCUUGGGCACAGAAUUCUGAAUUUGAGCACUUCCCUCUGCCUUAAGCCAAGGGUUGGUAUAAAUGUAAAUUAUGUUGGCUGCAUGAAUUUACAAGAUAGUGAUAACCCAAGCCCAUCCUACCCUUAAGCCUGGCUCUUGGUGUUAAUGAGCAAACCCCUGAAUUUUGGGAGGUUUAGAUACUUGUUUGCUGAAAGUCACUUUAUGGACAAUUUUCUUCUGCCCACACUCCUCCCAGCCCUAUAUUUCCCACCAAAUAACUUUUCUCACCCUGAGCUAGGGUGAAAAGCUGGUCCUUUCCAUCUGUUCCAUCAAAGGGAGGGCUCAUGGCCAGGGUAUGGGCAGGGCUGUUUGGGGAGUCAUAUGUGGGGGCACGCGCACACACAAGCACACACACACCCCUAUGAGACCCUGCUUUCCUUGCCGCUGAGAAGAGGGGAGGGUGGGGACAGACCUUGCUUCCUCCUCACCCUAAAGCUAGCUUCCCCCCACAAUCCCGUUGACAUUCUCCUCUGGACUCGUUUGUUCUGAUCCCCGUUUUAAAGAGGCACCAAUCCACCGGGAGUGCGAAAGACAGAGAGAGAGAGAGAGAGAACCGGAGAGAGAGAGCGCGAACAUACUUGAACAGGCUGCAUGCAGGUACACACAGAGGUGGAUGAGAAAUUUGGAGACUCGUCUUUUUGUCUGCCCAGCUUAGGCCUUUCCUGCCACUGAUUUUUGCUCUACGACAAACUCCUUGGCUCCAGAACUAGAGAGCUCUGCAAAGGAACAUGCCUGUGAGAGACCCAUACGCCCUGUGGGUCUCUCAUGCUCCAUGAUCUUGCUUCCAGUUACCAAGUGGAGUUCUGUUGACCCACAGAACAGUGCUUGCAUUCAGUUCAGAAGAGUGCUGCUAUAAAUCCUUUCUGGCUGAAAAUUUCACAGGCCUAAGUGUCCAAGAACCAGAGAACUUGGCCUAGUACUUCUCAGCCUCCUACUGUCUACUUGAUGCUGAUCCCUGUCGCUGCCAUGUGUUUGAAAUACCUGUAUCUCCUGUCAACAAGGUUUCCACAAGAGCAUCUGUAAAGUCUUCAUGCAUUCUAAACUAUUGUCUGAGAAAGCCAAGUCUCCUCCCAUGAAAUGGUUGCUGUGAUUUUUCUGGUCCAUUCCGCAGCAAGGAGAAGACUUGGAGAACUUCCCUUGCUACCUUGGGAGCUUGAGACAGCUUUUGGAGGCCACAGCAUUCGUAGGACUUCUCCAUCGUGCUCAGUCCCACAUGAAGGAGGGUCCCAUUCAGUGACCUCCAACUCCUGGGAGCCUGAUUUCUCCAACAGUUCCUUCGCUGAUUAUGGGAUUGGACUCUGGCGGCUUUCUGAAGGAGGGAUUGGCCAUCUCCUCUGUCCUGGUGAGCAGAAUGGCAAGUUUUUGUGGACUUUGUUGCCCAACUGCAGGGUUUUCUUUCACAAGUCCUGGGUUUUCUCUGCCAGAUGUUGAGAACUUGCAUGUCCACCGAGUUCUCUGGAACUGCAAAGUAUUGCCUAAGAGGACUUAGUUUGCCUAGGGUCCUCCGAAUAUGGAACUCUCCCAGUCGUUGGCUUCUGUUGUUGCCUUACCUGGACUCUCAGUUUUCAGUUAUCCCGCUUCCACCUGUUGUUCGGACUCUGCCCAAUUUGUGAUUUAUUCCUCCACUGUGCUUGCUGGCGUUUUCCAUUGGUUGUAGCCCCCCCACCAUGUAUGGGACUUCUGCCAUGUGGCGGUGCUUCACUCUCCAUUGGUCCCAGUCUCUGCCUGCCAAGAACUGCUGCCUUGAGCCUCCCCUUCCACCUUGCCAGUUGCGGGAGGUGCUUCUGUCUCGCCCUCUCUCUUCCGGGACACUUGACUCCGACCACCAGCCAAGCGCUAGGUUCCUACCUACCACCAACCAGCCAACCACCACCUCCUCUCUUGUCACCCAACCCAACCAAGCACGCACCUUUCAGGCCAGGGAGGGCUCAUUCCGAUUGGACCAACCGUUGCCUAGAUACAGCGCACACACUGAGGUGCGAUUGGCUGAACAGAAGACCCUGCCCCAGGGUUCAACUCAGCCCAAGGCCUUCAAAAGGAAGAUAUCUGUUGUAUCUUCAUCUGUGGCCAAGAGCCCCGCAGCAACAAACAGUGAUACAGAGGGAAGCCAGCCGGGAGGCCGGAAACGGCGCUGGGGAGCUAGCACGGCUGCUACGCAGAAGAAGCCUUCCAUCAGCAUCACCACAGAGUCCCUCAAGAGCCUAAUCCCUGAGAUCAAGCCACCACCAGGAGGGCAAGAAGCGGUGGUGGAUCUCCAUGCAGAUGAUUCACGCAUCUCUGAAGAUGAAGCUGAGCGCCACACGGAAGAGCCCCCCCAUGAGAAAGCUCUCAAGAUCUGCCGCACUGUUACACAGGUAGUGCCAGCUGAAGGCCAGGAGAAUGGCCAGGAAGAGGAAGAGGAGGAAGAGGAGAAGAUCCGUGAGGAAGAGCAGCCUGAGCCUCCUCCAGUUGUUGCUGUUGAGGCUGUGGUGUUACCACCCCCUGUGGAGCACGAAGUGAAAAAGGUCACAUUGAGCGAUACACUGACCCGACGCUCCAUAAGCCAGCAACGCUCUGGUGUCUCCAUCACCAUUGAUGAUCCUGUCCGCAUUGCCCAGGUUCCCUCCCCACCACGUGGUAAGGUCAGCAACAUCGUCCACAUCUGCAACCUGGUGAGACCCUUCACUUUGGGGCAGCUGAAGGAGUUGCUGGGUCGGACAGGCACAUUGGUGGAAGAGGCAUUCUGGAUUGACAAGAUCAAGUCACACUGCUAUGUCACAUAUUCCACAGUGGAAGAAGCUGUAGCAACUCGUAAUGCCCUCCAUGGGGUCAGGUGGCCACAGUCGAACCCUAAAUUCUUAUCAGCAGACUUUGCUGAGCAGGAUGAGUUGGAUUUCCAUCGGGGUCUGUUGGCCGAGCGCCCCGCAGAGGCCAAGGCAAAUGAAUCGCUGCCUCUCCCAGGGGCGGGCCCAGCGGCACGAGGGGAGCGCGAAUUGUCCCGGCGCUCGGAGGCACGGGAGCGAGAAGCAGCUGUGCGGGAGCAGUGGGCUGAGCGGGAGCGGGAGAUGGAGCGCCGGGAGCGGACACGGGCUGAGCGAGAGUGGGACCGGGACAAAGUACGCGAGGGGCCUCGUUCUCGCUCCCGUUCCCGAGAGAGACGCCGCAAGGAGCGGCCCAAGUCCAAGGAGAAGAAAGCGGAGAAGAAAGAGAAGGCUCAAGAGGAGCCACCAGCUAAACUACUGGACGAUUUGUUCCGCAAAACCAAGGCAGCCCCCUGCAUUUACUGGCUGCCCCUCACGGACACACAGUAUGUUCAGAAGCAAGCCGAGCGGGCUGCCCGAGCCCGGGAACGGGAGCGCCGGCGCAAGGAACAGGAAGCGGAGGAAGCCCGCCAACGGGAGCGCAGCCGUCAAGCUGAACGGGAGAAGAGGCGGGAGCACAGCCGUGAACGGGAGCGGGAGCGCCCCAGCGCCACAGGAGGUGGGGCCAGCAGGGGAGGCGAGCGCAGCAGUGGCAGGGAGCGGGAGCGGGAGCGGCGUGAGGCGAAGACCCGACACAGCCGAAGUCGGAGUCGCAGUACGCCUGUACAGGACAGAGGGGGGCGCCGUUGAACUAUUCCAACUUCUUUACUUUGACCUUCUGGGGAAGGGGGAGGACGGUGGCGGUGAUGGCCCUUUCCCCUUCUCCCUAGCCCCCUCACCCUCAUUUGUGGGGGAAAGGAACGAGACAGCCGUGGGUUGGCUUUCCUUUAUCAGCAGCUACAAGAGGAGAAGGAGUAGGAGGUGAGCACCAAGAUGAAGUAGCUGCAAGACCCUUCUUCCUUUUUGGGAUAAUUGUAUCCCUGGCUCCUCCGCUCUUCUCCUCUCCCCAGGGCCAUUUCCCUCCCCAUUAAUUUGUAUUUUAUUUUGGGAAGAUUUUUUUUAUUAUUAUUCUUGAUGAUACAGGAAAAGAGAGCAUAAUAAAGAGAUGGCGUUAGUUUUA